AUGAAUAUAGUUAGUAUUAUCAUAUUUAUAGGCUUAUUUUCAUCCGUUAUUUAGAGUUAAGGAUGUAAUCAAACAUGUGAAACUUGUGAUAACAAUAAUCCUGAUAAGUGUUUAAGUUGUAUUCCAGAAUUUAAAAGAUAAAUUCAAGGAGAUUAAUGUAUAUGUUAGGAAGGAUAUUAAGAGGAUUUUCCUAAUCUAAAAUGUCUACCUAUAUGUGGAGAUGGAAUACUUGUUGAUGGGGAAGAUUGUGAUGAUGGGAAUUAUGAUCCUUUUGAUGGUUGCAAUUAAUGCAAAUUAGGUUGUUAAGAUAGUUGCUAGGAUUGUUAAAAUGGAUAAUGUUAUGAAUGCAAAGUGAAUUAUAUAUUGGAUGUUAGUAUAAAAAUAUGUUAAAUAAACUGUCUUGAUGAUUUGAAGGUAGGAAAUCCAUUAUGUUAUAAUUAAGAUUGUUUUGAUCAUUGUGUAUUAUGUGAAUUUGGAAUAUGUAAGAAAUGUGAUGAAACAAAUGGAUGGUAUUUGAAUGAGUUUAAAUGUGAACCAAAAUGUGGAGAUGGAAUAAUUGUUUAAAGUUUAGAAUAAUGUGAUGAUGAAAAUAUAUAUCCAUUUAAUUAUUGUGAUUAAUGUCAAUUAAGAUGUCCAGAUAAUUGUUUAAUCUGUUCAAAUGGAAUAUGCAUAUAAUGUAUAUUUGGAUUUAAAUUGAUUUCAAAAAUAAUGAAAUGUAUACCUUUUUGUGAAUAUAAUAACUUGAUCAAUUAUUAUGAUGAAUGUGUAGACAGUUUAACAAAUAAGUUAAUUUUAUUAAAUUUUAAUUGUAAUAUUAAUUGUUCAUAAUGUAUUAAUGGAAUUUGUAUUAAGUGUUAAAUUGGAUAUUUAUUAAUUGAUGAUUAAUGUAGACAAAUAUGUGAAGAUGGUAUUUAAUUUUAAGAAGAAAUAUACAAUAAUAAUUUAGAGUUAUAUUAAUAAACUUGUUAAUAUUCUAAUUUCAUUUGUAAUCAUGAAUGCUUAUCAUGUUCAAAUGGACAUUGUGAAUUAUGUAAUGUAGGUUUCAAUUUAGUAAACAACUAAUGUUAAAAUAUUUGUGGAGAUAGUAUUAUUGUUGGUGAAGAAUAAUGUGAGGAUGGUAAUGAGAUUCAAUUUGAUGGGUGUUACAAUUGUUAAUUUUAAUGUUAAUAAGAAUGUAUUAAUUGUCAAUUUGGGAAAUGCCUUGAAUGUUAAAUUGGAUAUGAGAAUAUUAACUUUAUUUGCCAUGAAUAAUGUAAUAAUUAAAUUAUUACAUUUAAUGAAUUAUGUGAUGAUGGUAAUUUAGAACCAUAUGAUGGAUGUUUUAAUUGUAAUUAUUCUUGUGAUGAAUAAUGUGAGAUAUGUACUAAAGGUCUUUGUUUAAAAUGUUAUGAUUUAGGAUGGGAAAUUAAUUAAGAAAAUAAGAAAUGUACAACUAUUUGUGGAGAUUAAUUAAUUGCUGGGGAUGAGUAAUGUGAUGAUGGUAAUGAAAUUAAAUAUGAUGGAUGUUAUUAAUGUUAAUAUUAAUGUUAAAAUGAAUGUAUUAAAUGUAUAAAAGGAAUUUGUUAUGAAUGUAAUGGACCUAAUUGGAUAUUGAAAAAUAAUAUAUGUGAAUGUGAAACAUGUUAAAAUUUAUGUUAAAAUGAAUGUUUAACUUGUAUAAAAGGAAUAUGUUAUGAGUGUAAAUCUCCAAGAUGGAUUUUAGAUAUCAAUAAUAAUCUAUGUAUUUAAGAAUGUGGAGAAUAAUGUAUUGAAAAUAUUUGUGGAGAUGGAAUAUUAAAUCUUUAAAUUGAAGAAUGUGAUGAUGGUAAUAAUGAUAUAAGAGAUGGUUGUGAUAAAUGUAUUUUAGAAAAAGGAUUUGUUUGUUAUUAUGAUGAAAAUUUGA